AUGUCCUCCACCGCGGUCGUGCACGACGAUGAUCUCAUGGAGCCUUCGCUCCAGUCGAUCGUCAACCAAAAGACUCUCCGCUGGAUCUUUGUUGGAGGCAAAGGUGGUGUGGGAAAGACGACUACCUCUUGUUCUCUCGCGAUCCAACUUGCGAAAGUCCGCAAGUCGGUCCUUCUGAUCUCCACCGACCCCGCCCACAACCUGAGUGAUGCCUUCGGCCAGAAGUUCGGCAAGGAAGCCCGGCUGGUGGAUGGAUUCACCAACCUGAGCGCAAUGGAGAUUGACCCGAAUGGUAGCAUCCAGGAUCUCUUGGCCAGCGGGGAUGCGCAGCAGGAUGACCCGAUGGCUGGGUUGGGAGUGAACAACAUGAUGCAGGACCUGGCAUUCAGCAUUCCUGGUGUUGACGAAGCGAUGUCCUUUGCGGAAGUCCUGAAGCAAGUCAAGUCGCUGUCAUACGAGGUUAUUGUCUUCGACACUGCGCCCACCGGUCACACGCUUCGUUUCCUUCAGUUCCCCACAGUCCUCGAGAAGGCCCUCGCAAAGCUCUCCCAGCUGUCAUCUCAGUUUGGUCCCAUGCUCAACUCCAUUCUCGGAGCUCGUGGAGGUCUCCCCGGGGGCCAGAAUCUGGAUGAGCUGUUGCAGAAGAUGGAGUCUCUUCGGGAAACCAUCAGCGAGGUCAACUCACAGUUCAAGGAUGCGGAUCUGACCACCUUUGUGUGUGUCUGCAUUGCCGAGUUCCUGUCGCUGUAUGAGACAGAGCGUAUGAUCCAAGAAUUGACGAGCUACAGCAUCGACACCCAUGCUAUUGUCGUCAACCAGCUGCUCUUCCCCAAGGAUGGAAGCGAGUGUGACCAGUGCAACGCCCGGAGAAAGAUGCAGAAAAAGUACCUCGAGCAGAUCGAGGAGCUGUACGAAGACUUCAACGUCGUGAGAAUGCCACUGCUGGUGGAAGAAGUGCGAGGAAAGGAGAAAUUGGAAAAAUUCAGCGAUAUGCUUGUGCACCCCUAUGUUCCCCCGAACUGA